GGCGGCGAAGCUUGUGUGGGACGCUCAGAGCGCGCAUGCACGUGAAUGCGCGAGGAAACUUUCUAAGUUAGUGUGUGUGUGUGUGUGUUCGCGGAGGAUCCUCCAGAUGGUUGAUUUGUCCUCUUAAGGAGUUCCUCGUGAUGGAUCCGAUCGCCAGAGGCGUGUGAGUGUUCAUGCGUGUGCGUGUUCAUGUUAGUCGUUUAGAUGGCCUCGGUUAUCGUCGCUCUGCUGUUGUUCUUCACUCAAUCCCCUUCGCUGGCCACCGCUGACCCCCCCGCCGCGCGCCGCCUGCCCGACAUCAUCAUCAUCGGCGUGAGGAAGGGCGGCACGCGUGCUCUCAUCGAGAUGCUCAAUCUCCACAGUGACGUCGUCGCGGCUCAGAGCGAGGUGCACUUCUUCGACUGGGACAGUCACUACCUGCGCGGCGUGGAUUGGUACGUGUCCCAGAUGCCGCUCGCCCGGCCGGGUCAGCUGACGGUGGAGAAAACCCCGGCGUACUUCACCUCCGCUCGUGUUCCUGAGCGCAUCCGACGGAUGAAUCCCGACACGCGGCUGCUGCUGAUCGUCCGCGAGCCGACCGAGCGACUGCUGUCUGAUUACACACAGGUCUUCCACAACCGUCUGGAGAAACACAAGCAGCAGCAGAUGCUCGAGACGCUGCUGAUGCACGACGGGGAGCUCAACCUCGACUACAAGGCCUUGAACCGCAGUCUGUAUCACCUCCACAUGCGACGCUGGCUCGACGUGUUUCCCAGGAACCACAUUCAUCUCGUGGACGGAGACGCGCUGAUUCGAAACCCUCUUCCGGAGAUGAAGAAGGUGGAGGAGUUCCUUCAUCUGGAGCCGCAGAUAAACGCCUCCAACUUCUACUUCAACCAGACCAAGGGCUUCUUCUGUCUGCGCGACCGCCGGCGCGAGCGAUGCCUGCACGGCUCUAAAGGUCGCAAGCAUCCACGCAUCGCGCCUGAAAUCCUGCGCAAACUCUACGACUUCUUUCACGAACCCAACCAGGAGUUCUUCCAGCUGGUCGGGCGGACGUUCGACUGGAAGUGAGAAGCAGAUAAACGUCCACAGACUCAAACACAAAGAAUCGUUUCUGAAGUAACUGGAACAUCUCGACUGCCGUAACAUGAAACAAACGUAAUGUGAUGAACUCUUUCAGAGGCGGCGUGAGCUUUUCUCAUGAUUUCAAGAUUUUGACGUUUAGUUUUUGAAGAAACGCUCACAGUAAGAUCAGGAUGGGAAUGGAGUUCGUCUUCUGAGCUGUUAACAAUCCUUAUAUUCACAUAUAUAGACAUGUGCAUGUGAAAUACAUCUGUUUUAUAUGUUAAUGCGUGACGGUAAUCAUCCAAAUACUGUUUUCCUGCUGCUAAGUUUAUGAAUGUGUGUAUGUGUGUGUCUUUAUAUCAGUCUGUGUUACUGGAAAGUUCAUGAUUUAGUCCAUGUAUUCUGAUUAUUAAAUGUUUUAUAUGAAGGAAUCAUUCAGUAAUAAAGUUAUUUUUGCUAUGA